AUGUUUCUACUCAAACGAUCAUUCCAUUCCUCCAUCUCUAGACAAAAGAGAAAUUUUUACGACGUUUUGCAGCUAAAUGAAAGAGCCGACAAAAGAACCAUCAAAGCCAAUUAUUACAAACUCUCCAAAAAGUAUCAUCCAGACUUGAACCCAAACAACAAGGAAGCGCAUCAGCUGUUCCUGGAGAUCAAUGACGCCUAUGCUGUGCUGGGCAAUGAAGCCAGUAAGAAAAAGUACGAUUAUGAACGCUCCAGCGGCGGUGGUGGUGGAGACGAUGCCCAUUACAGCAAUCCCAUGGCAAAAUACUCGAGAGCAGGCGGCAGUGGUGGCAACACACAGGCAUGGCAUUUUAGAAACAGACGGCCGAGAAGCACUGGCUCAGCGAGUGCAAAAGAGCAGGCAGAGAGAAUGCGACAAUCAACGGCUGGUGGUGGUGGAUUCAAUUACAAUGAACAUUAUAAUAAGCACUAUGAAAACGAAGAGCAUAGACGGAGACAACGAGUGGAAAAGGCGGCGCAUAGACGUAGAGCGGCUGGCGAUGAUUCGGUGCCUGGCAAACCCGCAAAAGGCAUGGAGAACGUGUGGGGUCGUCUUUGGCGGUUAGGUGUAGUCCUCACUGGCAUUGCUUAUGCGGCACAGCACCUUACUUCUUGA